AUGCGCUUCCUUUCUCUAACCCCAUUCUUUGCCCUGCCCGCUUUGCUGGUCGCGGGCCAUCAGCCAAAUGACGUACCGCCCGAUCCAUCAUAUUACGAUGCCCCGACCGCCAUAAAACACGGCCACGAAGCUCCCCUCAACGCGCAGAAGGUGCAGCAAGAUCCAUGGGAGAAGGGGCCAUUAGUGCAACGUUGGAGACAGUGGGUUCGACGACAAGAUACGGAUUCGUCGGAUGACGAUAAAACCACGGAAACCAAAUCGGAGACACAAAAGACCGAAGAGACUACGCAAGACGAACCAACGACGACGGAAGAAAAGACUACGACCGAAGAUAAACCCACCACAACGGACGAGCCUACGUCAACGACCGAAGAGUCUACAACACAAGAAACAACUACCCAAGAAUCCUCAUCGACGGUCGAAUCAACCUCCACCGAAUCCUCGAGCGACUCGACCUCUACAUCAAGCAGCAGCGUAACCGCAACCGAACCCGGCGCAUCAUGCUACAGCACAACAGUCUCAACCAGCGUAGUCUGCUCCAUAACAACCGACGGUCGAACCGAAAGUGCAUCAUGCAUCACCAACCGCAUGACAUCCAGCACAUGCGCACCAGGUCUUUUCUGCGAGAUCCAUCCCGACUCUGGUGCGACUGUCUGCAUGGAACAGCAUAACGAGAUUGGAACUGAGGGUAUUGUUGUCGCGACCUUUUUCGGAGCGUGUAUUGCAGGGUGUAUGGCUGUUUUGGUGGGUAUGUGUUUACGGGAUAAGAGGCAGGAGAAGAAGUUUCAGAAUAUCCAGCGGGUUAGGACGUUGAAGCAGGCGAAGAGGGAGGAGAGAACGAAUUUGAUGGCUGGUACGACACCUUAG